AUGGGAGGUGUAUUGUUCCCAGAUCGGUCUAGAGCUACGGUGCACCUACAUUACCUACUUUUGAUUGAGCAUUGGCAAAGAGCUAGAUGGUUCGCCUGGGGAGAAGCUGUUUUAUCCUACCUGUACCAUGAGAUGGAGACGAGGGUGCAGAUUUUCGAGGAUGCAUUCCCAUGUGGUCUUCGAUGGCUUCCGGCCAACACUCGUCAGUAUGGUGACCAGCUAUUCCAGUACAAGCUGUGGUUUGACGAGAUGUACACCAUGGUGAUUACUCGUAGGCUGGGCAGCAGUUGGUACACGCCUACCGAGAGUCUAUUGCUUUCUGGAAUCGUCGACAAGAGUUCGUAG